AUGUCGGAGUCAACAAUAGAACAAGCGAAACGGGAAAUUGAUGAAUCUUUGGUUCUGAGCGCAUUCUGCAUGCGUCGUAUCGGGCUGUCGUUCCAGGAUCCUAAAAGUGCAUCGGCUUAUUUACGUCAGAAGCUGAUGUUCAUUGCAUCUGUCUGCGGCAUUUGCUACCACGUAUUCAGUGAAAUCGCCUUCAUCGGCCUCACGUUGUCGAAUUCGCCACGAGUCGAGGAUGUCGUUCCACUUUUCCAUACUUUUGGCUACGGUGCUUUAAGUAUUGCAAAGGUAUUUGUGUUAUGGUACAAAAAAGAUGUAUUCCGUCAACUACUGAAUGAGCUGGCAGGCAUAUGGCCGAUGCCUCCGCUGGAAGAGGAAGCUUUAAUCAUUAAGAACAAGAGUCUGGCCGCACUCCGCAUCACACAUCGAUGGUAUUUCUUCAUGAAUGUAUCAGGUGUGUGGUUCUACAACUUGACUCCGAUCGCCAUUUAUCUGUUUGCCCUGAUUCAAGGCAAGAACGAUAAGAUUGGAUACGUCUGGCAUUCAUGGUACCCGUUUGAUAAACACCAAACGGUUGCGCAUGUCGCUGUUUAUCUCUUUGAAAUAUUCGCGGGUCAGACUUGUGUAUGGAUUAUGGUCAGCACAGACCUCUUAUUCUCAGCUAUGGCCAGCCAUAUAAGUAUACUGUUACGUCUCCUGAAGCGCCGAUUGGAAUCUGUGGGUACGGCUGAUAAUGAGCACUACGGCGAGAUACUGGCGAACAUUAAAUUGCACCAAAGACUUAUAACAUACUGCAACGAUUUAGAAAACGCUUUCUCCUUAUCGAACUUCGUGAACAUUAUGUUGAGUUCGGUCAAUAUCUGCUGUGUUGUAUUCGUUAUUGUGCUCCUAGAACCAUUCAUGGCGAUCAGUAACAAACUGUUUUUGGGUUCAGCUCUAAUUCAAAUCGGAAUGUUGUGCUGGUACGCGGACGACAUUUUCCAUGCGAACGCUGAUGUGGCCGCGGCAGCUUACAAUAGCGGAUGGUACCGUACAAAUCCUCGGUGCCGCCGCGCCCUGCUUUUCCUUAUACAGAGGGCUCAAAAACCGAUUGCGUUCACAGCAAUGGGUUUCACAAAUAUCACCCUCGUUACAUAUUCAGCGGAAUCACCGAAAACAGAUUCUAUAGAAAACCAAUCUUUACCAAGCUUACCUAGACACGAGGAAGAGUCCAGAAAAACUCAAAACUUGAAAGUCAUGGAUAGAUCUGAUCACCCGCAUUACUCUAAGGAUAAGGAGCACAAUGCACCGAGAUCCGAUCAACAGCACCCAAGCAAAUACCACCAUCAAAGAAAAGCAUACUCAGUCCCUAAAUUCAGUCAUCAUAAAACUUUUGGAAGCGUCAGGGCUAUGAGUUACAAUGUGAUGGAUCAGAAAACAAGUACACUUCAAUUCCGAAGAUCAAUAAAUCCCUUAGAGCCGAUGAAUAAUGAAUUGGCAGCCUUUAAAGCAAAGAUGUUGAAAUCUUCAUCCAAAAUACAUGAAAAGCUAAUAAAUUCGCCGAAAUCCAGCAGAAGAGAUGUAAAUAUCUGUACAGAAGAGUUCAUACGGCUACCAAAAUUGCAGCCCAAUGAAGCAGAAUUCCUUAAACUCGUAUCAAAGGACGAUGUCGAUGGUGCCAAAAAUUUUUUGAAUAAGCAUCAUGGCCUGAACGUGAACUGUACAAACUUUCAGGGAAUGUCGGCGCUCCAAAUGGCUGUACAAAACAGAUCUCAGGCAAUGGUUGAAUUUCUCUUGGGGCUUCCGAAUGUGGAAAUAUCUGACAGUGUGUUACAAGCCAUCCGAUGCAACAAUAUUAAGAUAUUGGUUCGGUUGUUGGAAGCUCAGCAGAAGAUUUCGCCGGGAUUAGAGUAUGCGGGGGCGACACACUCGGCAGACUUCCCUGCGCACGUGACUCCGCUCAUCCUCGCAGCUCAGCUGGGACAUUAUGAGAUUGUCUCACUACUCAUUGAAAGAGGGCAUACCAUCACUCGCCCCCAUAAAAUUAACUGUCCUUGCGGUUGUUGUAGAAAUUGCUGCAUGAAUGAGGACCCACUGCAUGAGAGCAGCGUUCGCCUAUCCGUGUUCCGAGCUAUUGCAUCUCCUGUAUACUUGGUGCAUAUAUGCGCCGACCCUAUAUUGGCAGCAUUUAGGCUUGCUGCAGAGCUGGCAGACAAUGCUGCAGCUCAUAGGCAGCUCGCUGCAGCCUACCUGCAGGUCGCUGAUGACGUCAGCGCCUUCGCUGUCGACCUCAUAGGUGCUAGAGUCAUACUGGCUCGGCGACUGGCACGCUUGGAGAAGCAAAUCUCUGUUAUCAAAGGCGAUACUCGUUUUAAGCCGAGUGUUCAUAACGCCAUUUAUUCUCCUAGUGUGUAUGGCGCGGAGGCGCCGCUCAUUCUGUACGUGUGUGGCUACGCCUGGUCAGCUCUCCGGAUGAUCGUCAUGCAGGGCCCGAAUCGAUACUUCAGCAAGAUGUGGAACUGGACUGAACUUAUUAUGCUCACUUUGUUUUUCAUGACAUUCGUCUUUUGGAUCCUAGCUGCGAUUGACGUUGCAGGUUAUAACGACGAUGAAUUAGGUAAUGCAGCAGAUCGCAAAUAUUGGAACCAGCACGACCCAACUUUAUUAGCCGAGGGCACGUUUUGCCUGGCGACUAUAAUCGCUUUCUUCCGACUUAUGUUCCUGUGCCAGUUGAACUACCAUCUAGGGCCACUGCAGGUAUCGUUGGGGAAAAUGACUAUUGAUAUAUACAAGUACAUUAUAAUAUUUGCUAUUAUAAUCAGCGCGUUUACGGCUGGCUUGGCGCGGUUCUACCAAUAUUACGAUGGUAUGGUUUAUGAAGACGAGUUCGGAAUGAAGACAGUACAGGUAGCCUCUUUCACAAGUUUGACGGACACACUAAACACGUUAUUCUGGGCUCUAUUCUGUAUGGCACCCCUGGAAAGUGCUGAUGUUGUGCUGGAAAACACACGCGACCCAAAAAGUAUGGAUAAGAUGCAUGAAAAUAGACACGGAUACACUGAACGUAUUGGAUACUUCUGUUUUGGAUGCUUCGAAGUAAUAUCCGUAAUAGUGGUACUGAACAUGCUAAUUGCUACUAUGUCAAAUACUUUCCAAAGAGUUAAUGACAACGUCGAUAUAGAGUGGACGUUCGGGAAAACUGAGGAGCGUGAUGUGGAAGCGAAUGUACAGAAAGAGUAUCCGGCGCUGAUGUCUGUUCUUGUGCAGCGAUACUUCAGAGACAAAGACAACUCGAUGAUACACGCUCACAGAAUGGAGUAUGAAGUCGCCGCUUUGCGCAGAAACGUUGCCAGCAUCAGGGUUCCACGGAGUCAUAUUCCUUAG